GUAUUGUUGCGGAAGUGAUGGGGGAACGCUGAGUCCGUGUUUCUGUGCUCUUUGACAGCUGGAUUCAUUCUCCAGAGCAGAUAUUUCUCUUCGGUUUUCAUCAUUCACUGGUAGCUAUGGCAGCUCUGAAGUUCGCAGGUAUGGACGAUACAGAUAGUGAGGAUGAGUUACCACCUGGAUGGGAAGAGAGAGCUACCAAAGAUGGUUGGGUCUACUAUGCAAACCAUGAUGAGAUGAAGACACAGUGGGAACACCCCAAGACAGGGAAGAAGAAACGUUGUGCUGGAGAUUUGCCAUAUGGUUGGGAGCAGGAAACUGAUGAAAAAGGACAGAUAGUUUACAUUGAUCACAUUAACAAACGGAGCACGUAUUUUGACCCGCGCCAUGCAUUUACAGUGGAGGACGUGGUGGUGAAGCCGAAGCGCUACGAUGGAAACACCGCUGCUCUAGAGAUCCUGCAGGGUCGUGACUUCUCUGACAAGGUUGUCCUCAUUACUGGAGGCAACUCGGGCAUUGGCUUUGAGACAGCCAGGUCUUUUGCUCUUCAUGGCGCCCAUGUGAUCCUGGCAUGCCGAAACCUAACCCGUGCCAACAAGGCGGUGAGCCUCAUACAGGAGGAGUGGCACAAAGCAAGAGUUGAAGCCAUGAUGUGCAACCUAGCUUCUCUCCGCAGUGUCAGGGAAUUUGCUGAAUCUUUCAAAGCAAAGAAACUGCCCCUGCACAUUCUGGUGUGUAAUGCAGCAGUGUGCACUCAGCCCUAUAGCCUGACUGAAGACAACCUGGAGUCCACCUUCCAGAUCUGCCAUCUAGGUCAUUUCCUGCUAGUGCAGUGUCUACAAGAUGUGCUGCGUCGUUCAGUCCCCGCUCGUGUUGUGGUAGUAUCCUCUGAGUCCCACAGGUUCACAGACCUCUUAGACUCAGGUGGGAAGGUGGACCUGGCGCUGUUGUCGCCCACAAGGAAGGACUAUUGGUCCAUGCUGGCUUACAACCGCGCCAAACUCUGUAACAUCCUCUUCAGCAACGAGCUCCAUCGGCGCCUUUCACCUUACGGUGUCACCUCUAACGCUGUGCAUCCUGGGAACAUGAUGUACACCUCCAUACACCGGAGCUGGUGGCUGAUGACCUUUCUCUUCACACUGGCCAGACCUUUCACAAAGUCUAUGCAACAAGGGGCGGCCACCACAGUGUAUUGUGCGGUAGCACCGGAGCUGGAGGGGCUAGGCGGCAUGUACUUCAACAACUGCUUCCGCUGCCAGCCAUCCACGCAGGCCCAGGAUCAGAGCACCGCUGCCAGCUUGUGGGAGCUUAGCGAGCGCCUGGUAGCAGAGAGGUCAGUGGGCAUACAGGCCCUCUAAUGGACAGAAGACGAGGAGGAGGGCAACUACCCAAAGAGGAAUCAGAAAGGAAACAGCUGAUGUUUUGUUAGGCAUUGACUUACCGAAAGAUAACUGUACUCUGACUGCACUAUAUAAGAGCUGCCAAACCAUGGAAGCCCAUCUGGAUAUGUCACAUCACUACAGUGUCUAAAACACUAAAUAUACAGCACAGGAGGGGAUUUCAUAUACAAUCUAUUGAAUUAGUUAAAGUUUAAGUGAAGUUAAGCUCUGCUGUAAUGUUUUAAAAUUGGAGGUGAGGGGAAAGAUUCGAGCCAAAUUUGUCACAGUUUGUUCCUUGUCUGUUUGUCUCUGUAACCUUUUUAAGCUCUUAAGUCCUUUUCACAACUCUCUACUUAAAUUAGCAAACCUUAAACAAAAUGCAAAUGACCUGUUUUGAUAACAAUACAAAGUUUACCUAGUAAGCAUACACUCUAUGGCAUAUGCAUCUGAUUCCAGCAAUAGUGCACUAUCAGCAAAUACAAUGUCUUCCCAAUUAAUGUCUUUAAGUUCAGUAUCCUCUUGUCUAGUUCUAUAGAGAUGUUUGUUUCCUAUUCUGAUACAGAGAGCCUUUCCUAAUCGUGCUAAAUUGUUUUGGGCAAGAAGAAAUAAAUAGUAAUGGGCAUGUGACACUUAAUUAUAAACACGGUAAAGGUAUGAUUCUAAUGGCUAUGUACAUUAUUCUGCAAUAAUUAUAUUUCUUAUCAAUGUCCCUAUUUGUCUUCUGUACAAUAUUUACAACCUGAUUUCUGGCCAUGUGCUAAAGGGGUGUGGACAUCAUAUUUUUUCUGCUAUUUUACUCAACCUAAGUAUUGACAGUCUAUACUCUGGUAAGUUACAAUUUGGAGAUAUUUACGGGUUAAUCUUUGUCCAUUUGAAUGGCAAAUACAGAAAGUGGAGAAUCUUAUUUACAGAGUCCAGGAUCUUUAAUUUCUUCAGUUCUCGUUUUUUUUUUCUUCUUUUUUUUAAAUCAUCAGCUUUAGUAUUUAACUCCGGCUUUGGAUUUGCUGUGGAUUUGUUGCCCUGAAGCCACUGGGGAUGGGCUGCUUUUGAGACAUUGUGCUUUGUGGCAGUCCGGAUGCUGCAGGUUGUUCUUGAAACAGCAUUCCAGUGUCAUGAUAUCUGUAAAAAACAAACAAACAAAAAAACACGAAUGAGAGAGCUCAGUCAGUAAGGUUCUGUUUUGUAGAAAUGUGUGGAAUCCUUUUAGAGAAUCCAUUCAUUUGAAGACCAUGGGGUCUUCAAACUUCUCUACAGUGUACUAACCAAGCAUCAACAUUAAAGAGUGUAAAAACAGUGUUUUUUUUCCCCCUCUGUCAGAGCAGAAAGUGCACUCAUCAUGUAUACAAAGGACAGAUCAAUCAGCCUAAUCACACUGUUGACUGGCACCCUCACACAAGAAACAUCAGCAUGACACAGUAUCAUAGUUAUACCAUAAAUUAUAACACAUUUUCCCCCCCUCUUACGUGUGUUUUGUCUGUCAUUUUUUUCUUCCUUUUUUGGCAAACAUACACAAGAAAAAAAAACCCCCACAGGAACAGAACAUUCAGAAACAUGCUGUGCCCUACACAGAAACUGAUACUGCUGUUAUAAUCUGUUCUGUACCCAGAGAACAGGUGUCUUAUCACUGUCCUUUCACAGCUCUGCACACACCUGGAACAGAGUUCCAGUACAAAUACAUACACACACACACACACACACACACACACAGCAAGAGCAGUCAGCAUCCUGCACGUACAGUACAGCAAGCAAAACAACAUUUUAUAAAACUAGCCAGAAUAUCUCUUGCCUUUUUAGUUUGCGUCAGAAUUAACAAAUAGUAUAAAUAAUAUCGUUUCACAAAUUGUUUCAGUGACCAUUAAAAAAAAAAAUCAUACAUAAAUAUAUUACACACAGAGCCUUUUCACACUAAAGAAGAGUAAACUGCAGUGUUAAAUAAACGGUAAUAAAGGAUGUCCCCAGCCGCUGUCCGUGGUGCUGAUAAGGCUCUCGCUCAUUCAUGGCCAUACUCUGGCAAACAGGAGAAUUUGCCUACUUGUCAAUUAAUUACAGAGCAUAUUAUGUGUGUGUUGACAUGAGCCUCUGUGAGAGACACUUUUCUCUCCCCGGGUGUGUGCCUGAUUAAGUUUUGAACAGACGUAUUUGCCAGUGUGUUAAGCAUGUCAGCUGUUGAGUUUCCCCCUGUCUCUUAUUUUUAUUUAGUUAGUCUGCACUGCUAUGUUUUGUUGUUUUGUAUUUGUUUAGUUCAAAUGUGGUUUUGUCACUACUUGAGUUAUUGAUUGUUUUGGGUUGUUUUUGUUUUUUUGUUUUUUUUGCCUUAUCGGGCCACAAAAAUUAGGUCUCUCUUCUGUGUUCUCACACUCCACUACUAUUAAAGGGAUUCCAACUUG